GGAGCGCGCAGCACGGUGAUCGGCGGUGCGCUGUGUCCCUCGGACACAGCGGAUCACCGAUCCACGGAAAGAGCCGAAGAUGUCGGCUCAGUCAUGGGACAUGUGCACUGAUCAUCAGGGCACUGAUGAUCAUUGUGCCCUGAUGAUCAGUGUAGCCCCAGAAGUGCCACCUGUCAGUGUCCAUCAGUGCCAGCUCUCAGUGCUCAUCCAUGCCACCUGCCAGUGCCCAUCAGUGCCACAUCAAUGCCACAUAUCAGUGCCUACCACUGCACAUCAGUGCCCAUCUAAGCUGUUUUUCAGUGUCACCCAUCAGUGCCAGUCAGUGCCACCUAUCAAUGCCAAUCAGUGCCACCUAACAGUGCCAGUCAGUGCCACCUAACAGUGCCAGUCAGUGCCGCCCAUCAGUGCCAUAUAUCAGUGCUGCCGUUCAGUGCCUAUCAGUGAUGCCUGUCAAUGCCCAUCAGUG